ACCCUCUGAGUAUUUUCUUGCACUCACUUUUUCUAGACCUGAAUCAAUAGCUUCCAUUCAAAGAGAGAGAGAAAAGAAAAGAAAAAAAACAAUGGCAGCCUUUUCAUAUCAAUACCAACCAUUUCUUCUUGACUCUAUUUUCUUGCACAAUAACAAUCCUCUUAAAAUGGGAGGCUUUUUUGAUGAACAGAAUUUCAACACCAAUUGUUUCUCCCCAUUUUACCCUCAAGAUCAUCAACCACAGCAGCAGCAGCAGCAGCAGCAACAGCAACAACAAGAACAACCCAUUUACCAUUUUCCUGACCUCUCUAAACAAAGCCCUGAAUCUUCAACUUUGGUGGACCGGUCGGACAGCGCUGAGCUGCCGGUUGGAGAUCAGUUGAAGCCGGCUGUUACUGUUACCGUCACUUCCCCUUGUAGUAAGAAAAGAAAGAGUCGGAAUAAUUCCUCCGCCUCCUCCGCCCAGUCCAAGGGGAGUAAUGAUCAGAGCAACGGGAAAAAGGCGAAAAAUAAAGGAGAAGUAGAAGAAGGGAAAGAAAGAGAUCAAAAGGCCAAAAGUGGGAAGAAAUUAUUGGAGGAGAAGUUAAAAGAUUCAGAAGAUGGAGGUGCAACCACCGGUUACAUUCAUGUCAGAGCAAGAAGGGGCCAAGCCACUGAUAGCCACAGUCUUGCUGAGAGGGUGAGAAGAGAGAAGAUUAGUGAAAGGAUGAAGACAUUGCAACGCCUUGUUCCCGGUUGCGACAAGGUUACAGGGAAGGCCCUUAUGUUGGAUGAAAUUAUCAAUUAUGUUCAGUCUCUACAAAAUCAAGUUGAGUUUCUCUCCAUGAAACUCGCUUCUUUGAACCCAAUUUUCUUCGACUUCAGAAUGGACUUAGACGGUCUCAUGAUUCAACCAGAGACGACGUCGUUGAGUAGCAUAACACCAACACUACCGGCGAUGGCGCAAUGCAGUGUCGUAUCACAGCCGGCGUUGAUCGACACGACGCCUCCGGCGACCCCAUCUCCGGCAAUCUCCACCGGGAAUAAUUUUCCCUUAAUGGACCCUUCAGCUAAUUUGUUUCUACUUCAACAAGGGAUAAGCCCAAGUAACGGUUACUCCCAAUCGUCACAGGAUAACGUUAAAGUUUCAUCAUGGGAUGUGGAAGACCAAAAAAGAAAGCAGCUUCUUAUUUCAUCAGGAAUUGGCGACAACUUGUGUUACUUCCAUUAAAGAAAGCUCUCUACUAUCUCAUUAAAAUUAAAUUUCUAAAAAAAAAAGAAAGAAAAUGAAGAGGGAUACGAAGUUGACAGAGAACCUGAAUAAAGUGGAAGUAACAAAAAUGAAUGGACGAAGAACACAAAGGAUCUGAUCUUUUUCAAAGACAUUAAAUUGUGGCUGCUCAAGUUUCGAGAAUCUCCAGUCAUUUUUUUAGAUUAAAUAAAUAAAUUUAUUUAUUUCAAAUGUAUUAGUCUUAGAUGAAAGAGAAAAAAAAAAUAAAAAAACUGAUUUGUUAGCUUGUAAGUUGUAUCCAUUUUCAUUUUAUAUGUAUGUAAUUUCCAUUCAUCUGUUAAUAUAUGCAAUUUUUUCAUCUACA